AUGGAGUCUCCGGGGAUUAGUGCCGUCCCGCUGGUCCUGCGGGCCCCCGUCCGGCAGGCGACGUUCUUCUCGCUGGCCCUCGUCGAGGAGCUCCUCCGCCACGCCCGGGGGGUUCCCGGCGGGGAGGGGGCGGGGGGAGUCCGGGCCCGCCUCCAGCACGAGACCCGCUGUGAGGCCUGCUGGCCCGCCGCCGCCCCCUCGCCCUCUUCCCCCGCUCUCUCUCCCUCCCCCUCCCCCUCUCUCCCUCCUUCCUCCUCUUCUCCCUCCCCGGCGUUUCUACUCCGCAUCGGUGUCCUUCGCGCCCUCGGUCUCCCCGCCCCAGGGCCAGGCGAUAACACCAACGACGUCUCCAUUGCCCUCGGGCGGGAGAUUGUAUCCGUACCAAGGGCAUCAGGAGAAGGCGCAGCAGAUACACCGCCGUGGUACCGAGAGGCUGAACAGGACGAAUUGCAGAAUUUGGCAUUAGCUGAGUGGUGUGAAGACCUCAUUUUCUUCGCACUACAUCAUGGGUUUUCAGCGGUACAAUUGAGGUGUGUACUCUUGACAGCGAUGCAUCUCAUGAAUACCAUAGCAGAGCUUUCACCUCACGCAACAGAUAUGGAUGCAGAAACCCGUUGUUCACAGGUAUUGGAGAUGCUACUUAUAGAGCAGGCAUGUGGUGUGCCGAAUAAAGUUGUUGAGAUACAUCAUGUGCCAAAGACGGUCACUACAGAGGUACCAGACCCGGAGUAUGUGUCUGCUUUAGAGGCAAAGUUAGCAAAAGAAAAGAAUAAAAAACAGCAACAAUUAUUACAGGAACAGUUAGCGAAGGCACCAUUAAUUAGUCAAACAAGGACUGAAAUUCAAGAAGAAAGAGUCUUUAAAGAAGUUGUAAUAGGUCCUUACUUUACACUUCAUGAAGUAGCACAAAUACUUGAGUAUCUUUCCUCUAGUGUGGUGCAACAUUGGCGGUUAUUUCGCAACUUCUUUUCUGAAUCUCAACCAAGAAAGGUAUAUAAUGAGGUACAAAUACAAUGUGAUAUAUGGCCUUUCUGUGUGCCACCACUUUCGGAGUUUUUGGAAGAGGAUGUAUAUGCAAUGGAGUUAGAGAGGAAGAAUAUUAUAAAUGAAUGUGAGAAGGCUAUUAACGAAGCCUUUAAUGAAGAAUUUAUACAACCUUUAUCUAAGCUUGCUCAAGAGCGAGAUGGUAUUCUAGAAGAUUGGGAACUACAACAAAUUAAAGCUGCGGAAGAAAAUAGACGAAACGCUUUGGAUGGGUCAGGAUACGUACAGGUAGUACGCGCUUUUACAACUCGUUUGGAUAAACUUAUAGAACGGAACGAAACGUUGUGUAAAAAUGAAGAGACGCCAGCACCACCGUUAUCGUUACAAGAAUCAUCAUCGACGAGUAGACCAUUAUCACAACAAACCAGACGAAGUGGAGGUAAACGCCCUGCGAUGACUGCAUCAAGUUCCAGUCGGUCUGUUACACCUAGGAGUGGCGCUACCCCACCAUCCACAGCACUAGCAGCAGUAGCAGCGACAGCAGAAACAACAGGAGCAUCGGCUUCGUCACAGUUGAUUCAACUUCCUGCGGACACUGUAUUUUCAUUAGAGGAUGUUGAGGCUCGCUUGUGUAGGUUGGAGAAAGCGGCCCAAGCGGCGCUUGAUGCUUUAAAAGAAAAACCAAAAAAGAAAAAGGGAUAA